CCUGCAGAUGCAUUUCUCUGUAGCCCACUGCCCCUCCCUGCUCUCCUCUCUUUCGCCCUGUCUAACCCUCUCUGUCUCUCCCUCCACUCUGUGUGUCUCUCUCACCCCCCUCAGCACACGCGCUCCACUAUCAACAAAGCAAGAGACCGAGGAGGAAGCAGAGGAAGGGGGUGAGAGGAGAGCAAAGAAGUUUGAGGUGCUACCGUCCUACCGAUAAGUCAGUGCACACUGCCUGUGACGUGACCUGAGCAAGAGGACAGCAGAGGUCAAAGGGUAAAGGGCUCUAUCUUUUGGCUCAGCUCAGGUGUUCUAUGUACGACAAUCUGACCAUGCUCAAUCUCCAGAGUGGCUCCAACUGGACAGGGCCCACUAACUGGUACCAUCAGCCCAAUGCAAUAACAUCACAACACGGCACAGAUGGCUGCGUUGAUGACCUGAACCUGCAGAUGGGUGGCGCAGGUGAGGGAGGGGUGCAAGGAGAGAGGGAGGAGUCGGAUGAGUCCCAGCUCCACCUGCAGCUGAAGAGGAAGCUGCAGAGGAACCGCACCAGCUUCACCCAAGAGCAGAUCGACGGCUAGAGAAAGUUUGAGAGGACGCAUUACCCAGAUGUCUUUGCACGGGAGAGAUUAGCAGCAAAAAUAGACCUCCCAGAGGCCCGUAUUCAGGUCUGGUUCUCCAACCGCAGGGCAAAAUGGAGAAGGGAGGAGAAGCUUCGUAACCAAAAGCGAUCGGGGGCCGGGACUUCCUGUUCUCAGGCGCAUACACCUCUGAGCACUUCCUUUAAUUCUUCUGUCUAUCACUCUCACCAUGGUAACAACUCAGGCUCAGUUCACAGUCGGAGUGAAUCCACCCUCUCAGGAUACGGAUCCCUCUCUGUGUUCUCCAGUGUGCAGUCGUUAACCCCUCAGCAGUCUUACUCCUGCAUGCUCCCACCUUCCCCCUCCGGCCCUCCUCCCUCUCUUCCGCGCAAGUUUGACCCGUCCCCCUACCCCUCCCCUCACAUGCCCCAUACCCCCUCAGCCAGCAGCGGCACAGGUUUUCUGACCUCAGGUCCUGUAACAGUUCCAGGUGGUGAGCAGGACCUGGGACAGUACUGGACCAGACUGCAGUGAGAUAGGGUGUGACCUACGCAUAAUACCCCAAAACAUCAAACUUAGGUGCAGUUCAACCUACAUACACAACACGCGCAUGCACACAAUUACACACACACACACACACACACACACACACACACGCACGCACUCACACACACACACACACAACCAGUUUCAUACAAAUCAAUAUUCCCCUUACCAACACAAUUUGUAUAACCGCCUGACAUAAGCAGAAAAGAAGUACAGUAUAUGACCAACUCCAGAUUUAGCUAGAUAUCUCUAAACCCAACACUGUGAAGCCAUGCCCUUACACUGAGAGCACAGACACACAGAGGUGGCCUAACCUAGACCACUGACCUGAUACGGAGGAGAGGCCAGUAGCAGCAGCCCCCCAUCUCCCCUCUACUGAUCUGAGGAGGACUGACUAGUCAGCAGAGAUCAGCAAGACUGUGGUUUGUGGAAUGGACUACCUGCAAAUACUCACUGCAAGCGAUGACAAUCAACAUGCAACAACAGUCAGGACAGAUGGAGUGGAGCAGAGACAAUCCAGAAGCAGACGUGCUGCUUGUGACCACACGCAUGAACACCUAUCUGGCAAUCACGGACAAACAGGGACAUACCAAUGACAAUCAGUUUUUGUAAAUGAAAAGACCCAAUUGAACACAAAUGCUGUACAGCCUAUGACAGUCCUAGUUAGGAUUGAAGUGAAUAUGAGUGCAUAUAAAAGGUGGGCAUGGAAUCAUGCAGAUCAGAGAUGGACACGGGUGAGAGAUGUCUGAUAUUAUUAUCAAGUGUAAAAGUUAGUCGUUCUAUUUUUAUUUUGAUGUCAUUUAAGUCUAGCUUUCCAUGCAUUCUUAUAACUUUUCUCUUACACACAUACCUACGCCCCCCCCCUCUCUCUCUAUGUUGUCCAUCAAAGAAAGAGUGAAUUUUCAUCUUUCAUCUUUACAUAAAUGUGUAUGCGGGUAUGUACAUCCACAAGAGAGAAACAUGUGAGUGUAAAUUUGUUUGUGCGUGUCAUAAUACACUAACACACAGUCAAAACAGCAUAUUCAUCUCAGAGAGAGAGAAAGUGAAAGCAGAAAAUGUUGCUGUGUGUAUGAUUAGUUUUGUGAGCAUUUUUGUGUCUACCCUUACAUGAAAAGUCUUCAUAAAUAAAUUUUGAAAUGUGAAAUAAA